CUUUGAAUGUGUAAUUAGCUUCUUUCCAUGAUUUUAGCUGUGUUUUUAGCUUCUGUUGAGUCCUGACUGGAUGGAAACUCCCAGCUGAUCAUUUGUCUGGUCUGGUUUCUUGACUCUGGUCCUGAUCCGGUCCUGAUCCGGUCCUGGUCUUCCUAGACUCCGGUUCUGCUGCUGGUCUUCAGUUGCAGUUUUCAGUCUCAUUGAGCUGCAGAGUCUCUGCGGAGCUUCUUCUGCUUCUGCUUGUUGUGUCUUCAGAAUUCAGAAAUGUUACCAAAGACUCGUCUGGGGAAACGUUCUCCUCUGGGGGCGCUGCUGAGCGCCACCUGUCCGACUCACACACACCUGGAGACAGGUGAGACCGACGUCACCAUGGCAACGGCAGCAGGACAACAGGCCAGCAGCAGAUCCAGAGUUCAUCCUGGACUGAAGGUGUACUUCCAGUGUGCAGGUGAACCUUCAGGUGUCGAUCAGAUCGACGGUCCGUUAUCGUCUCCGUCCUGCAGAUCAGUUUCCUCCUGCAUCGAUGUCCCCAAAAGUGAGCAGCGUCCUCAGGAGGUGGACAUGGACGAGCUGAUGGCAGCGAUGGUCCUCAGCAGUUUGUCCUGCAGCCCCCUGCUGCAGAGCCCCACCCACCCAGACACUACAGCUCCAGCCAUGGAUUGCGGUGGCAGUGAUUUUUCCGACAGCGGCAGCAGCGGCUACUGGAGUGUCGGCCACGCCCCCUCCAGCCCCAUGCCCUCUCCACCAAUCGCAGAGCCUGACGCCGGCGUGGUCCCGCCCACCGACGAGGGCCUGGACAUGGAGCUGGAGCAGGUGCUAUUCGACGAGCCGGCGCCGCGGAAACGCAGGAACUCGGUGAAGGCAGCGUUCAGGUGUCUGUGGCCGAGCUGUGGGAAAGUUCUGACGUCUGUAGUGGGAAUCAAACGCCACAUCAGGACGACACACCUGUGCCGUGGUGGUGAACAUGAGCGCUGUUCCCGCAGUGAGGAGGAUUUCUACUACACCGAGAUAAACCAAUGGGAGCAGCCGCUGUGCCAGUCUCCACCCACUCCACUGCUGUGUGGCCCCGUCCCUUCCUCCUUCUCCCCCCCCUCGCCUCCUCCCCUCUUCCCUCCUCCCCCCUCCCCCUCGUCUCCCUCCUCCCCCUCCUGCGGCGCUCUGAGUAGCUCCGCCCCCUCCUCCUCCGGCAGUUUCUGGCAGGUCCAAUCAGAGCACUCCUACCAGGCUCCUCCUCCUCCAGGUCAGGUGGUGUCAGCAGCUCCUUUGACCACGCCGACCUUCCCAGGGACGGCUCCGCCCACCACCUGCCACAAACAGGGUGUGUCCUUUCGUGUUCGUUCAGUCAGUGUUGGUGAACAGUGGCUGCAGCAUCACAGCGCCCCCUGCAGGAGGGUCCGAGGCGAGGCUAAGAAGUGUCGUAAGGUGUACGGCAUCGAGCACAGGGAGCAGUGGUGCACGGCGUGUCGCUGGAAGAAGGCUUGCCAGCGCUUCACCGACUGAACGGCGCCCCCUGCUGGACCUUCAACACAUUUCCUUCAUUUAUUGUCACGAGUCUUAAAGAACUCUAUGAACUGAUCGGCAGCUAAAUGUCAGAAGCAGCAUCUGGACCUGAACGAAAAACACCUGGAAACAUCUGGAAACACAACUUUAAACACUCAGCGGUCAGUUUAUUCGGAACAGCAGCUUCACUGUUUUAACCCUCGUCUUGUUGUCCUUAAAGUUUGAAAAUGUAGAAAAAAAUGAUAUUUUCGAAGUGAAAACUUGCAGAUUUUCAGCAUUUUUCAGAAAUAUUUUUGGUAGAAAAUAAAAAGUUAAAAUGUUUCUUUGGAAACAUUCAGAAGAAAUUAACCAAAAUCCAGCAACAUUCACUGGAUUUUGGCUGAUUUUUUUCUGAAUGUUUUGCUGAUAUAUAUAUAUAUAUAUAUAUGGAAUCACUUUAGAUAUUUUUAGGAUUUUUUGAAUAUAUUUACAAUUUUUUUUUUAAACAUUUAUUUCUUGCCAAAUUUGUGGAUUUUUUAAAAACAAAAUUUUUAAGGAAUUUUUAGAAUUUUCUUCUUGAUGAUUUUGUAAAUUUUCUGUAAAUUUGGGGAAUCUUUUGCUGAAUUUUUGGAUUCUUUUCAGACCAGUAAAUAAUAUUUUCACAGUGAAACAUCUGAUGUCCACAUUAUCAACAUUUUUGGGAAUUUUUGAUGGGGAAAAAGAAAAGUUAAAAAAAUGUUUCUUUAAGAACAUUUAGCUGGAUUUUGGCUGAUUUUUUUCUGAACGUUCUUAAAGAAAAUAUUAGAAGUUUUACUGAUAUAUAUGUAAUCACUUUAGAUAUUUUUGAGGUUUUUUGGAAGAUUUGUACUUAUUUUUAAAAAUUUUCUUGCCAAAUUAGUUAUUUUAAAAUAACAAUUAUAAGGGACAUUUUUAAGAAAUUAUUGGAAUUGUCUUCCUGAAGGUUUUGCAAAUUUUCAGAAAUUUUGGGAUUUUUUUGCUGAAUUUUUGGAAUUUUUUCAGACAAGGAAACAAUAUUUUUGUGCCUGUAAAUGAAAACAACAGGAGGUUAAAUGAGGAGAAAGUAGCAGAAACAGCUGAACAAAGUGAACAUUAAUAUUUACAGUUUUACUCUCAGAUCAGUUUAAUUGAAGCAGAUUAAUGCUGAAGCUAUUAAUGAUCAUCAAUUUAUAGAUUUGAGUCAUUUUUAAAAAAUAAAAACAGUCUGAAUUUUGACGUGAAUAUUUUCUGGUUUCUUUCCUCUGACAGUAAACUGAAAAUCUCUGAGGAAAUUUUCUGACAUUUUAGAACCAAACAGCUGAUUAAUUAUUAUUAAUGAAGAAAUGAAUUCCAAAUUAUCAGUUAGAAACUGUCCAAUAACUAAAUGAAAAAAACAAAUGAUUAGUUUUAGUCAUUUCUAAGCUGAACAGUAAAACAUGGAUUCAUAAUUUCAGCCUUAACAGAAUAUUUUGAUCUUUUUUUUUUAAAUUUGUGACUUUAUUCUGAAGGACCUGAUGUGGAGCCGAACAGCAGAAGCGUUCCUAAUAAACUGAUCCAGACUGAGUUUAAAUGUUCAAACAUGUCGAUGAUCAGGUGGUUUCAGAUCCAAACUUUACUGUUUUUUUUUUAACUUUUAAAUCAAAUCAGACGUUUGAGGUUCAGAAAUCAUGGAAAGGAAAACGAAGAGUUCAUUUACAACCAGAAACUGAAAAUCAGAGUUUGAUGUUUGACUUCCUGUCUCACCUGUCCUCACCUGUCCUCGUCCUCCAUCCGUCUCUGUUCAGUCGUCUGGAAUCAGAAGCCAUUUCCUGUCCUCAGAGGAUCCAUGCAGUAUCGAUCAAUAAAUCCUUUCAUCUGUAUUUUAUCUUUAAUCUUCUGUCUUUAGAAACAUCCAGAUGUUUUCUAGGUCAUUUAUCCGACGUCAGACGUCCAGAAUUAGAUUUUUCUCUAUUUAUGUUCUCUGUGUUUACGAACAAAAACAACAAAAAAACAUUUUUUACUGUAAUCAUUUCAUUUUUACGAUUUUUUUCUACCCAAUGCUUAAAUAAAGCAGAAAAAAAAUA